CGUCGGUUUCGUCGGUGAAUGCGCCAUUGGAGAGCCAACUUCACUUCAUUGACUCCCAAAGAGUCGUGACUUGUUCCUUGUUCCUCUCGUGUCCCGCAGAAGCAGAGAAGCGCAAGAUCAACCAACCAACAAGUCAACCACGGAGAAGACGAUCUCCUUUAUUGCUUGUCGUUGUCCGGUGCCAUCACAUUGCUUUCUGCUCCACCACCAAUUUAUCGCUAAUUGACCGAAACCUCAAUACCAAUUACUCCCUCGUACUCACUCCAAUCGUGCAAGUCGGAGACUCGGUGAAAGUUUGGCAGCCAGUCAGUUGCAAUUCAUAUGCAAAUAUGCGUGGUGAAAGUUAAAAGUCUCAUCUUCCCCAACGCUGGACGCAUUCUGUUGAUCGGGUUGUGUUGCCUUGUCUCAAUUUCAUGCCACGGUCGUUAAAAGUGUCAAAAUACUUUUGGACAGAGUGCUCUCUUAUAAUUGGUGAAAGUUUUUAGAAUUUUAAUUACAUUUUACAAGUAAACCUAUGUUUUUGAACUUGUCAGCUGAAAGUGAGUAAUAGUAUGACGUUCCUAGCUCGAAUUUCACCCGGACAUGAUCAAAGUGGUCAAGUAUCCUGCUUUUUAGGACGGAUUCAUUAUUAGUUUGAGCAAUUUGAAAGUGAAAAGUGGAGUGAAAGUGUUCGAAAAGUAAACUGGCCCUCAUGGGUAUGGACCCUCAAAUCAACCAGUACGGCGAGGUGAAUCAGUUGGGAGGCGUAUUCGUCAAUGGCCGCCCCCUCCCAAACCCGGUCAGACUUCGGAUCAUCGAGCUGGCCCAACUGGGCAUCAGACCAUGUGACAUCUCCCGACAACUCCGAGUUUCUCACGGAUGCGUCUCCAAAAUCCUGGCCCGUUACCACGAAACAGGGUCCAUAUUACCGGGAGCCAUUGGCGGAUCCAAGCCACGGGUCACAACUCCCAAGGUUGUUGGCUACAUCAAAGAGCUGAAGCAAAAGGACCCCGGAAUCUUCGCGUGGGAAAUACGCGACCGACUUUUGUCUGAUGGCGUUUGCGACAAGUACAACGUUCCCUCCGUGUCCUCGAUUUCACGGAUUCUCCGCAACAAGAUCGGCGGUCUGCUGCCCUUGCACCACCAUCACCACCACCACCAACACCCCAACAACAGCCUGUCCCCCUCCUCCACUCAACACUCACCCCAAAAUCCAUACGAUGCUCACAAGGCCCAUCAAAACAAUGUCCACGCCGCGGCCGUGGCUGCAGCGGCUGUGGCAGCCGUAGCGGCGAAUUCGGCGAUGAACCACCCCCUUUACAAUUCAAUCUACCCGCCGUACUCUUCCUACGCCCCGCAUCACCACACCCACAAUUCGGCUGCGACGCAGUCUGGAGGUGGGAUGAUGUCCGUCCCCAAUGGAACUACGUCAUCCCCGAUGGCAUCCAUGGUCUCGAUGGCGUCCAAGAUUGGUUGUUCCGGUUCAUUGCCACCACUUCCGUCCAGCCCCACGUCUUGUUUGCACGUGAUGCGGCAAAAUGGAUGGGGUCCUCCUCCUGGGGCUGCGGAAAUGGGAUUUCGUCACGUCAACGGAUCCACUGCGCCACAUCAUCAUCCCCAUCACCAGAUGACGAUUGGUGGGGCGGAGGCAGCAGCAGCAGCGCAGCAGAACUACAACUACUACAUGUACCUCCAGAGCUGCAACGCGGCCGCAGCUCAGCAGCAAACGUCCCCCUCCAUCGCCCCCUGCCUCUCACCCCCACUUUUGGGGUCCGGCCACCACGCCCAUCUCCACACCCAACACGGCAACCCCACCGCCGCCGUUUCCUCUUCCUAAAAUCCAUCCUCAACCUGUCUCAAGUUCCCUCCUCGUCUGGACACCCACAAUUUCCCAAGGAUGCCAUCAAUCUCUUCUUCUCUAAAUUCUUACGAUAUCGUGUAUCAUGUAUCUUAUCGUCAGUGCAACAUGCAACGGCAAGGAAGAUGGCGAUAUACACGAAAAGAGGUGCCGUCGUGCAGUACGACACUAGGCAUCCGUACGGAGAGGAGAAGGCUGUGAUACAGGAAUAUAAAUGGGAACAUGAUCCCACAUUUUCUAUUAUCGCGAAAAACAACUCCUCCUCCCCCCAAAGAAAACUAACCAACCCGGUUCAUACACUUGUAUUUCUUACUUAGGCACAUACAUUUGAAUAUAUUGGGCGAGCUUAUCAUAUUAUUAUUUUUACUUUAUACAUAUUUGCCAAUGUGAGGUUGCCAAAUAGUUGGAACUUGCAAAACUAAUGUAUUUAAUGCCAAAUGUGCGCAUCCAAACGGAACCAAUGUUUGUUGUAAAGUCGUGUGUGAAAUCAUGGAUGAGAGAGGAAAAGGAUAAUCUCAUCAUCAUCUCAACUCCUGCCUGCCCGACUAGUAAAUACUUGUAUAUGUAGAACUAUAGCGCAGCUAAUUAAGGCCUGUAAAAUUAAAACAAGUCGUCGUUCACUACUUUUCUCACGGGACAGACUGCAAUAAUCAAUCCGAAGAAAUCUCGACCUCCCAGCAAAUGUAAAUGGAAGGGUUGCAUGAAUGUCUGGCUCGAAGCAGACUUUCCUAGACUGAUUUUCUCCAAGUAUUUUGGGUUGUGUCAAACCAUGAAAUGCCAACUAUCUAUAUGAUAAUAAAGAAUAUGUACAUGUGCCUUUAUUGUUAACACCACGAUACCAGUUUAAGAAGAAUUGUGUCCCUGUGGACAGGAAGACCUUAAAUAAUUGCAAGGGCAACCAUAUUUCGAGUGCGGUGAAAAGUGACGGGAGCGAUGCAUGUACAUAAAGAAAGGACAAAGGAAAGUGCUUCUGCACGUGUUGGCAGUACUUUUGCUCUUACUUUUACCGAUAGUGCAUGACCAAAACCUACUGCAUUUCUCGGUCUCUUGACCUCCCUCCUCAUAGUUUUGGCAUGGAAAAUGUCAGCUUUUUCGUCAAUUUGAAAACCACACCCAUCUGCCUGUUACCACGAUUGCUCGACUUUUAGUAUGAUUAGUGGAAGGUACUCGACACAAAGGGAGAUGAGUUACCUGGAUACUUAAAGUCAGGCAAUCGUGAUUUUUUGCAUUUUACGGACAUGGUCAAAAACUAAAGAAAGAUUACAUAAAAAUACAUCUUACGACACAGAUAAGUAUGCAUUUGUACACUAAAUAAUUCUCACAUCACGGAAAACUUUCCUCUUGCGAUGCCUUUACAACAGGUGAGACGCUUAGAAUAUGCCGGACCUUAUGUUCCAAAGUACAAGCCCCUCCCAUCCACCGUCAAACUUUUAUAUGGCACGGCCCCCGUCGUGGGAAAACUCUCAGACGACGCUGAGGAAGCCGUGGUCAACUAUGGGCGACUCCUCGAGGCCAAAAACAAGCACAUCCGGAAGAGGACUUUCAAUCAAAAUUUUUUCAACGACUUUCGGGCCCUACUCACACCACGUCAACGGGACCAAAUCCGUGAAUUUCGAAAGCUAAAUUUCGGCCAGAUCACCGUUCACCUCCGGCGCCUGAAGGAGGCGAGUUCCACGCCGGCCGAGAAGAAGAAGAGGAAAGAGACCAAUGACCAGCUAAAACAGCGACACGGCGUUUGCAAGAAGAACGGGAAGGUGGUGGAGGAACUUGGCGUGUGGAUGGUGGAACCCUCCGGAAUUUUCAUUGGUCGUCCCGAUAACCCAAGACAUGGGCGAAUCAAGCUUCGCAUCCGUCCUAGCGACGUGGUCGUGAACUGCAGUGGAGCCUGUCCACCUCCUCCUUGGGGAAAUUGGAAGGCACAGAUAUUCGACCCGUCUCAAGCCUGGGUGGCAAAGUACACUAACAACUUAAAAGCCAUUAAAUACAUUUUCCCAGGAAUCGACUCCAGUGUUAGGAAACACAGCGACGUGGCCAAGUUUGAGGUGGCACAAUCGCUGGGUCGUAGGAUUGCAGGGGUUCGUAAAACCUAUGAAAAAUUGAUCGCCAUGAGACUGAUCGACAACUUGGGCUCGCCAUCUACUUCAUUGACAGAGUUUGUAGUGAUACUAUUUUGCAUACACUUUCUCUAGUCUUUGUAAAUAUGUGUGCGGAUUAGUUUUCACUCAGAAUUGGGAACGAGAAAGGGCCCGACGCCGCAGACACGGUUGGGUGCACGACUCUCCGAAAAGAGCACAUUUCCCUGAAAUCAAGGCACAAGGUCUGUCUUGAUUUCAAAGGGAAGGACUCGAUCAGGCUGAAAAAAGAGUUUGAAAUCUCUCUCCCUGUAUUCAACGCCAUUUCCAGAAAUAUUAGACGCAAACGGGAACGAGAUCAAGUUUUCGAUUUAAUUCAGGCACAAACCGUGAACAAAUACCUGAAAGAUCUUGGGGACAAUUACUCUGCAAAAGUUUUUCGAACUUUCAAUGCAUCCAAAACUUUUGACGACAAACUCCACAUGCAAAAAAUGAGAACACCUAAAAAGAAACUCACAAUAGCGGACAAGUUAUUUAUUUACAAAAAGGCAAAUCUUGCCAUUGCAAAAUUGUGUAAUCAUCAGAAAACGGUCAAUACGAAGCUAGCAAUGCGUGCUUUGGGUGGACAAAAGUUGAACCGACAGAAGAAGCAGGACAAGCUGAGGAUCUUGAAGGAAAAGCUGAAAGGGAAAGUGGGCAUCCAGAAAUUGCUUUGUCAACGGCAAAUCAGCAAGCUCGAGGAGAACAUUAAAGAGUUAGAGACCCGAAUUUACCUGAAGGACGAGGGGAUGGAGUAUGCUCUUGGAACUUCGCAAGCCAACUAUUUGGACCCUCGAAUCACUGUGGCUUGGUGCAAGAGAAACAAAGUUCCUCUGGAGAAAGUUUGGUCGGCAAAUCAGAGGAAAAAGUACGUCUGGGCAAAUAAGGCAACCUCACAGUUUAGGUUUUAAAACUCAAUUGGUCUACAGUAAAAUGACUGCAAAUUCUUGUACAUAUAUGUAAAUCAGAUAUCUAAUAAAAUGAUAUAGGACUAAAUAAAAAUUAA